AUGGUUACUGCGCCGCUUACUGGCGUGGGUGUGUCGCAGGGCUUUGUACAGCAUCAGAUGUUUCAUCUGGUGAAGCGCCGCACUCAAGCCUUCCGCGACACCGUCGACCUGGUGCACCAGGUCUUUGCCGACCCGGUGACCGGAGUACCUUCCCCCGUCGCCUUCCACCACCCGACCAGUGCGCGCCAGCCGCACUGGUACAACCAAGCGAAGGGCGGCGGUUAUGGGCGUGUCCUCGAGCUCGUCGUGUCCUCGGCGUACCUUCUCCAGCAAGGCGACGACAACGACCUUGUCGUCAAGCUCCUGGAUGCUGCGUACCCCGUUCACAGAGCCUACCACCUGAGGGACGCGCUGAGCGAGGAGGCACGAUCAUCGGCCUCGUCAGCUUCAGCUAGCACAGCCACCCACAGCUCGACGCCUCCUCUCCAAUCUAAGAGACAGCUGCGAGCUGAUGUCGGCUCUCACACCGCCACCCUCUCCCCAUCCUCCGUGUCCGCGAAGCGGGCCCGGGUUCCAUCCAAGACGCCCUCUGUCGCCUCAGCAGACCGCACAUCUUCGGUCUCAACCGCUCACCCGAUCAGUCACAAUGUCUCGCCACCAACAAAAGCAAAGCCUUCUUCGUCGACGAGUUCCACCUCCACUUGGCCAGUUCCCGGAGCGCGCAGUGCCAUGUAG